AUGUAUGUGACUCCCAGGUAUAGUACACCGUCUAAUGUAUGUGACUCCAUGUAUAGUACACCGUCUAAUGUAUGUGACUCCAUGUAUAGUACACCGUCUAAUGUAUGUGACUCCAUGUAUAGUACACCGUCUAAUGUAUGUGACUCCAUGUAUAGUACACCGUCUAAUGUAUGUGACUCCAGGUAUAGUACACCGUCUAAUGUAUGUGACUCCAGGUAUAGUACACCGUCUAAUGUAUGUGACUCCAUGUAUAGUACACCGUCUAAUGUAUGUGACUCCAUGUAUAGUACACCGUCUAAUGUAUGUGACUCCAGGUAUAGUACACCGUCUAAUGUAUGUGACUCCAUGUAUAGUACACCGUCUAAUGUAUGUGACUCCAUGUAUAGUACACCGUCUAAUGUAUGUGACUCCAUGUAG